GUUACGGAUGGAAGUUACAUCUUACAACUGUGAUGCGACAUAAAUGGAAAAACGUCAUGACUGUUUCUGACAUCAGAGGAACAAAUGUAAUUAAUUCUGUAGCUACCAGUGAACAAAGACUGCAAUCAGUGAGACGAGUAUGCGGUAAUACAACAAAGUCGUGGGAUUCUCUCUCCGCUAAAGAAAAAUAUAUCCUUGGAAGUCACAUUUUAGUAGAUGACAAGCAUAGAUUUUUAUAUUGUUCCAUACCGAAAGCUGCCUGCUCAAACUGGAAGAGAGUAUUGAUGGUGCUUGAUGGUAGAGCAACCAACAUCAGUGCAGUAGGGAAAGUACAACACAGUACUUUCACAAGGCUGAAAGAUUUUCCGCCAUCGGUUGCUAAACAGAAACUUCGGGAGUACUAUAAGUUCAUGUUUGUGCGAGAACCUUUCGGAAGACUUCUAUCAGCAUACAAAGACAAGUUUGUCUUAAACAAUACUGUUUUCCACAAAAGGUAUGGGACACAGAUAAUACGACACAUGCGAAAAAAUGCUCAAGCAAAUUCUACAGGAGAUGAUGUUAAAAUAAGAGAAUUUCUACAACAUGUCUUGGACAGUCAUGCGGAGGACAUGAACGAACACUGGAUGCCAUUUUACAAGUUAUGUCAGCCAUGCGUUGUUUCUUAUGACUUCAUAGGAUCCAUGGAGAAUCUGGAAUCAGAUUCUACUCAAGUUUUAAAACAGCUUAAUGUUAAUGAACAAGUCUCUUUCCCCAGACGACAAAAUUUUUACCGGGCAGGGGGGCAAGGAUAUGUCAAACCCGAGAAAUACUCACAUGUACCCUUAGAUGUGAAAAGAGAAGUUAGGAAAAAGUACGCUCUAGAUUACGAAAUGUUUUCAUAUGAAAUGCCCAAUUAA